GAACGGUUGAGCCAAGUCUUAGUGCGGUUUCUUGAAACGGAUCGAAUUCUCAGCCCGCGACUUUUUCAAUAAUUAAUGCCAGAUCGCGAACGGCGAACCACGCGCGACAAUAGCUACAAGAUAUAUAUUUAAAUAACAACAAUAACCGUCACCCAUAAAGCCAAGUUAAAGUCGAAACCAGUUCUCGAUCAACGCAGACAAAGCAGCAGCAUCUCCAGAAAAAUGGGAACGAAGAUCGAGUACGUGGACACCACGCAUCUGUACGCCUCCAAGUACAUCCGCAACUCCAAAGCGAUCGGUGUGCUGUGGGCCAUCUUCACCAUCUGCUAUGCCAUCAUCGGCAUCGUGGCAUUCGUGACGCCAGAGUGGAUCGGGGACCCGGACAACGAUGGAGCCGGUCGCUUGGGAUUGUGGCAGCAGUGCCAGCGGGAUGAGAUCUUCGACAACUGUCGCCGUCGCUGGGAGAGUAUCUUUUCAGUGCCCACAUUCUCGUUUCAGUUGGCCACAUUCUUUAUGCUGGGCGCCAUUGCCUUGGCCUUGUUGACCAUCUUUUUCUUGGUCUGCUUGCUGUUUAUGAAGUCAACACGUGUUUUCCACCUUUGCGGCUGGCUGCAGAUUAUAUCAGCUCUGUGCAUGAUCGUGGCCUGUGCAGCGUUUCCCUUUGGUUGGAACUCGGAUGAUUUCCGUAAGAUUUGCGGCCCGGAAGCCAAUCGAUUCGAGCUGGGAUUGUGCGGCAUUCGUUGGGCUUAUCCGUUGGCCAUUAUCGGUUGCAUAGACGGAGUGGUCUUGGCCACUCUGGCCUUCAUCUUGGCCACGCGGCACGUGCGUCUCCAGCCGGAUCCGAUUUAUCAGAAUUCACUAUACAAAGGUGAAAUCAACAAUGCGUAUCUCACGGAUGCGAUUAGCUUGGCGGGGUCCAGGAAAUCGAAUCCCCGGAUAACUGGCUUGAACUUGCAGCCCAUUUUGCUGGUGGCACCCCCAAAUGAGGAUAGUAUAUCGCAGUUUUCUCGCUAUCACUGAGAGAAAAGAAGCCUUCGAAUAGCCGGGACAACAACCGACCAAGCUUAGCGCCGCCAGCAACCGGGGUGGAGAGCUAGGCUCAGAGUUUUUCUUUUAGCCAAAAAGUUGUCGUCGGCCAAGAGGAAAGCUUUUAACCGGGUUCAGCAGCAGCUACUUACUGUGUGUGUGUGUGAGAGUGAAUUUGAGUGAAUGAAUGAUUUUGUAUAUGCCACUAUGCCCCGACUGAAUGCCACAAUUCGUAGCUUGUAAGCUUGGAUCUUACCAAUUAAGUUAACAUUUCGUGUGAAUAGCUCGUGCCUGAAUGUAUGCUUCGAUUAAGUAAACGCCACAGAGCGCAUUUCGAGCUCUCUGCUGCCUGUAAAUUAUAUACGCAUAAACAAUAAACAUGUACAAAUAUUAAACAUAUAAA